AUGUUGGAUAGCACAAGUGCGGUGACCGAUUGGCACACUAUAUCACUCCGAAUUCCAUUCGCUACGACCAAACACGCCACGAUCGCGAAGCAGGUCCUCGAGGUCGACCGGGAGCUCCAACCCCAUGCUGUGAAGAGAGAGCUAGCCGUAGAGGGCGAUGUCCUUGUUGCGACGUUCUCGACGUUGACAGUUCGCUUAGCUCGACUGACUCUAAACGGAUUCCUCGAAAGCGUAGAUCUCGUCGUGCGAACGAUAAGCGAGUUUGGUGAAGAGGCAGAGCGACUUCUAAUAGCUUCGGCAUCAUAG